AUGGGCUUCACUAGUACCUCCAGGCAGCGAAACCCGCAGCGGCAUGUUUGGGGGCCAAAACGCUCGGAAUGGCUAGAGGACAGGGGCUCGGACCAGCGUGAUCUACCGCGAGGUCGCUGCGUCCGUUGCUUGUGCAGAAGCAAGGCCGACUUCAAUGAGCUGCAACUCAGCAACAUCAGUAAUUGCCUGCCGGCACAGCUGGGAGCGCUCAUGGGCGAGUCAGGCGUCUCUCCAUUCACGCGACUGUCGGACAUGCCAUGA